CCUUUCCUCAAAUUAGAUCAAGAAUCCUUUUCAUUUUGUUGCAUUCAGUUUCUAGUGAAAAAUGGCAGGAAUCAUUCACAAGAUUGAAGAAAAACUUGGCAUGGGCGGACAGAAAGAAGGUGAACAGCACAAGGGUGAACACAAGCCCGAACACGGGUAUGGUGAGCACAAGCCCGAACACGGCUAUGGUGAGCACAAGCCCGAAUACGGUGAGCACAAACCCGAACACGGGUACGGUGAACACAAGCCGGAACACGGUUACGGUGAGUACAAACCCGAACACGGGUACGGUGAACACAAGCCUGAACACGGUUAUGGUGAGCAUAAGCCCGAACAAGGGUACGGUGAACACAAGCCUGAACACGGUUAUGGUGAGCACAAAGAGGGAUUGGUGGAGAAGAUCAAGGACAAAAUCCACGGUGGUGAAGAGGGUGAACCCUGCAAGGACGAGAAGAAAAAGAAGAAAGACAAGAAAAAGCAUGAACACGGCCACGAGCACCAUGAUGAUAGCAGCAGCGAUAGCGAUUAGGUGGUUGAAGUGUCCUAAUCCAUCAAGCUCGCUGCUACAAAUAAAAGUGUGGAAAAUGAGAAAAUAGGGGGAAAAUUUUUUCUUCUUGUUGUUGGCUACUCUUUGAUUGUGUAUUGGACAUGAAUUUAUGUAAUUCUGUAAUGUUUUUAUUUAUGUUUGCUAUAUAAUAUGAUUCCUUGAACUUUAUAUAAGAUGAGGGUUUGAUCA